CCUGCCUGCACCCUGCCUGCACCCUGCCUGCAUCCUGCCUGCACCCUGCCAGCCCCACGGGCAGCCCAGCAGGGUCCUGGCUGCCGUUGCGGGGUGCUGGCCCGGCUCCUCCUCCGGGUAAGGCACCCUUGGGACCGCAGAGACCGGCAGCGUCCUCCUGCAGCCCGACAUGCAGCAGCCCUCAGGCAGCGGGGCCGGGAAAGCCCCCGAGGAUGACGAUGGUGGUGGUAGGAAGGGGAGCGUGGACGACGAUGCCACAAGCGGGAACCCCUACGCGGGGCUGGUGAGCCGCCUGCGGGCAGCCUGGCUCUCCGGGAAGACGCGGCCCAUGGAAUACCGUGUAGCCCAGUUGGAAGCUCUGGGACGUUUCUUGGAUGAGAAGAAGCAGGAGAUCCUGGAGGCCACCAAGUUGGACAUGGGCAAGCCCUCCUUCGAAGCCGAAUUCUCCGAGAUCAUCCUCUGCAAGAACGAGCUCCAUGAGACGCUGAACAACCUGUCCCGCUGGAUGAAGGACGAGCACGUGGGCAAGAAUUCGGUGACCCGGUGGGACUCAGCCUUCAUCCGCAAGGACCCGUACGGGGUGGUGCUCAUCAUCGCACCCUGGAACUACCCCGUCAACCUCCUCCUGGGGCCCCUCGUCGGUGCCAUCGCUGCCGGUAACUGUGUCAUCAUCAAACCCUCGGAGAUGACCAAGAACACUGAGAGACUGGUGGCUGAAGCACUGCCCAGAUACCUGGACAAGGACUGCUUUGCCGUGGUGACCGCCGGCGUGCAGGAGACCACCAGGCUGCUGGAGAACAAGUUCGACUACAUCUUCUUCACUGGCAGCCCCUCCGUGGGGAGGAUCAUCAUGACAGCCGCUGCCAAGCACCUGACGCCGGUGACGCUGGAGUUGGGGGGCAAGAACCCCUGCUACGUGUCCGACACCUGCGACGUGCAGAACGUGGCCCGGCGGGUGGCCUGGGGACGCUUCUUCAACGCGGGGCAGACCUGCAUCGCGCCCGACUACGUGCUGUGCAGCCUGGAGAUGCAGGAGAAGCUGCUGCUCGCCCUUAGCAAAACCGUCGCAGAUUUUUAUGGCUCCAGCCCUCAGAAAUCUCCCGACUUUGGCCGCAUUGCCGGGGAAAAGCACUUCCAGCGGCUGCAGGAUCUGCUGUGCAGCGGGCAAGUGGUCAUCGGAGGAGAGACGGACGAGAAGGAGCGCUACAUUGCUCCCACAGUGCUGGCGGACGUGCAUCCCUCCGAUCCCAUCAUGCAGGAGGAGAUCUUCGGCCCCAUCUUGCCCAUUGUCCCUGUGGCCAACAUGGACGAAGCCAUUGACUUUAUCAAUAGCCGUGAGCGGCCGCUGGUUGUCUAUGCCUUCUCCUCCAACGACAAGGUGGUGAACCAGGUCCUGGAGCGGACCAGCAGCGGUGGCUUCUGCGGCAACGACACCCUGAUGCACGUGACGUUGACCUCGCUGCCCUUCGGUGGCAUCGGGAGCAGCGGGCUGGGGAUGUACCACGGCAAGUUCACCUUCGACACCUUCAGCCACCACCGCGCCUGCCUGCACCGCUACAUGGGCCGGGAGACCUUCAACACCCUGCGCUACCCCCCCUACACCCAGCAGAAACUGGGGAUGGUCCGGGCCGCCUCGGAGGUGAAGCGCAAGGGUGCCUGCACCCUGCUCUGAGGGUCUUCUGCCACCGGUCAUGGUGGCCACGUGCAGUGAAUGGUGGUUCCCUGCAACCGGUGGCCUCCUGUGUGCUUCCCUUUGGCCUCCCUGCCUGCCCCACAUGUCUCCUGUGCCUCACAUCUCCCUGUGCCCCACACAGGUCCCACAGCCCCCUUGAUUGCCAUCAGCCUCCUGCUCCAUUGCCGCUGGCCCCACCACAGUGGAGGGAUGGAAGGGGCUCCGGGGUGAUGCUGGUGGUGGAACAUCCAUGGAGAUGGGGACACAUCUCCCAGCAUCCUCAAGGGCAUCCAUUGAACAAGAUGUAGCUUUUUCAGGCUGGUAUAAAGCCCUCGGGGACCCUCCCCUGAGAAGGUCCACGCUAACGUUCUCCUCCCAGAUCCUUGAGCUGGGACGACCCCAGUUUCUUCUGCCCCACACCUGCAAUUUGCCCUCCCUUAUCUGGCACGGGCUGGCAAUCUCCUCAGCGAUCCAACAGAGACCUUGGAGCGAGCAAGAUCUGGGAGGAGAGGGACGGGUAAGGUGCCAGCAGGGACGGGAGGCCAUCUCCUGCAGCAUUUUGGGGUGCGCUGUCCUCCGGAGCCCCUCUCUGCUCUGUCCCGUGGCUCCAUCGUGGUGGGUUUCUGGGCUCUGUUGCUCCAUCCCAGCUGCUCCUCCUCUCCUGCAGUCCCGCUACACCCACCCCGUGCUUUGAAAAUGGAGAAACCAAGUUAACCAAGGCCCCGAGAGCAAUUCAGGGCCCUUGUGCCCAUCUCCACCUCUGGGGCCAUGUCUGCGUUGUGCUGUGUCUGCAUCGUGCCGUGUCUGCAUCGUGCCGUGUCUGGUGUAGCUGAAGCUCUUGAGAUACCGAAUCCAUGUCUUCAACCCCAACUUUCUACUGCUGCCGUGGGGCAGCCGGGGGCCAGGUGAGGCGGGUGGGACACUGGAGGGGUGGCUGUGCCACCCGUCCCUGCAACCGCGAGGCCACGGGGUGUCUGCCCCAGAAAAGACAGUCACAUCUCUGCUCUAUACUGGUGAGACCCCAGCUGCAGUGGGGCCCCUCCAGCGCUGGAGUCCUCAGCACGGGGGCCGUUAGACACAGCAAACCGCUGCUCUCCUCAAACACAGCAAACCCGGCUCGCACCAGGAGCAAAACGCUUUCGGUUUUAAGAUCAGCAGCUCCAGCAGGAAGCCACAGCGAGCAGAGCCACAGGGCUGCAGCCGCAGAGUUGCGUUUUUAAGACGCUAAGAGCUGGUGUUCCCAUUAACCCCCCCGCGUCCCGAGCUGCAUCCCCAGCAGCGUGGGCAGGGGGGCGAGGGGGGGAUUCUGCCCCUCUGCUCCGCUCUGGGAGACCCCCCUGCAGUGCUGCCCCCAGCGCUGGGACACCAACAGCAGAAGGACACGGAGCUGUUGGAGCGGGGCCAGAGGAGGCCCCGGAGAUGCUGGGAGGGCUGGAGCCCCUCUGCUGGGAGGACAGGCUGAGAGAGCUGGGGGGGUUCAGCCUGGAGAAGAGAAGGCUCCGGGGAGACCUUCCAGCCCCUUCCAGUCCCUCAAGGGGCUCCAGGAAAGCUGGGGAGGGACUCUGGAGCAGGGAGGGGAGCCGUGGGACGAGGGGGAAGGGUUUUCCACUGCAAGAGGGGAGAUUUGGAUGAGAUCUGAGGGAGAAAUUCUUGGCUGUGAGGGGGGUGAGCCCCUGGCCCAGGUUGCCCAGAGAAGCUGUGGCUGCCCCAUCCCUGGAGGGGUUCAAGGGCAGGUUGGCCGGGGCUUGGAGCAACCUGGUCUGGUGGGAGGUGUCCCUGCCCAGGGCAGGGGGUGGCACUGGAUGAUCUUCAAGGUCCCUUCCAAUCCGAACCACUCUGUGACCUUGCUACAGCUGCCAGGGGACUCUGUGCUGACCUCUGUGAGGACAACCCUUGUGGGUUGGCCAUGAUGACCUCCUGCGUGUCCCCAGGCGCCCUUUGAAGUGGAGCUCUCUGAGACUUCCAUUUGCAGGAGCCAACUCAAACCACAUGUUCAACAGCCUGAGCACCCGGCUGUAGGACAAACACGGGGAGGAGAACUGGGCACGGGGCAGUGGCUGGCCAGGGAUGUGUGGGCUGGGGAGGCAGGUGUCCCUCACGCUGUCCUUCCAACUGCAGGUGACGCAGCUAGACUCAGCCUUCAUCCGCAAUAACCCACUGUUGAGAGAUAUUAAUUGUUUCGCUUAAAUAAGUAAGUUUUAAUCAGAAUAAAUUACUUAGGGUUAUAAUACGGUGUGGUUUCUGCUGUUUGCUGAGCUUUACUUGGCACAAGGAGGGCCUGGAGGGCAAAAGCGCAGGGCCGAGGUCCUGCUGGCUGUGGUCCGUGACAGCUAGCCAGGCAGCCCAGGCUCGGCGCUCCCCUCCCAGUCCCCCCGGCGCUGGGGGACGGGCAGCAGGAUGAGCCCGUCACGCAGGAGGAGAUCUCAGGCCCGUCCUUAACGUCAGCACCUUCAGUGACGCCCGGGAGCUGGCCCUCUACGUCUUCUCCUCCUGCAAGAGGACCCAGCUUGGGUCCCCUCCCGGGCCUGGGCACCCAGUCGGGGCUGCGCCUUUGGCCUUGUCCCCGGCCACGGCAGGAGCGAGCCCCCGCGUCCCCAGCCAGGCGCGUCCCGGUGCGCUCCCGGCGGCGGGGAGCAGGCAGACAAGGAGGGGCCGGGUGGGUGCUCACCCCCUCCCGGUUUGGCCAUCACCCCUCCCCACAGCGGUUCCCAGUUGCCCGCUGCCGGUCCUGACUCCCUCCCCUGCGCUUCCCGGGAUGUGCCCGGUAGCGGUGCCGGCUC